CGUGGUGAGGGCCCCUGCAGGUGGCGGACCUGGGGGGCAGAGAGAAGUAGGCAGAGUCAAACAAGGGAGGCACGUUUGGCCAGGCCCGGGGCCAGAGCCGGAGAGGAGAAGCGGGGACAGGUGCAGAGGUGGCGCCCGGGACCUGGCAGGACAGCAAGCUCAGUGGAACCUGCAGACAGCAAGACCAAAUCCAAGGAGAAUCGUGAGGGCCCAGGAGCACCCAAGGAGCCAGCCAAGCGGUGGGAGGGGGCACACAGGCAGGGUGGGAGUCGGGAGGGGAGCUUCUCGUUUCUGCACCCACCACUUCCUCUGAGGCCCAAGCAAGACGUGGGGGGAGCCUAGACAGCAGGAAAGAAUCUCUGGGGGCCCUUACAGUUUUGUCUGAGGCACCCCGGGGUCUGGGCGGUGGGAGUAGGGGUGGGGGACAGGGCGUCUGGAAGCAGGUUCAGGAGCCAGAGCAGGAGGGCUGGCUGCCGACCAAGAUGCCUUCAACUCCAGAGCAGCCCUCUGGGCAUGUGGAGAGACUCCCUGAGUCGGAGCUGGUUACAUGGCCCCCGCUGCCCUGUGGGCCCUGCAUCCCCAUCAUGCUGGCCCUGGCCUCCCUCGCCGCCCUCUUCCUCGUAACGACAGCUGUGUUGGCCGAACGCCUCUUCCGCCGCUCUCUGCACCCAGACCCCAGCAACCGUGCACCCACCCUGGUCUGGCGCCCCGGAGGAGAACUGUGGAUCGAGCCCAGGGGCACCCCCCGAGAGCGCUCAGAAGACUGGUAUGGCUCUGCGGUCCCCUUGCUGAUGGAUGGGGCCCCAGACCCUCCCAUCUCUGGAGGCACCUUGGAGGCCAGAGCCACAGCCCCACCUGCCCCUAUAGCCCCACUCUCCCCUCCCAGCUCCUUGGGCCUCCAGAGCCCACCCAGGGCCCCAGUCCGCAGCACCUUCUGGGGGCCCCAGGCCUUGGAGGAGAGGCCCUAUGCUCCGGGUCUGGUGAGCUGGGCUGAGCCUGAACAGAGGCCAGAGGCCAGCAUGCACCUGGGGAGCCCCCAGACCCGGAGGCAGCGGCUAGGGAGCUCUGAUCUGGAGUGGGGCCUCCAACCUCGGGUCACCCUGGAGCAGAUCUCUGCUUUCUGGAGGCGUGAAGGUCGGACCAGCGUGGGGUUCUGAUUCCCUAGGGCCUGGAGGACUGGCCUCUCUGAGACACUGAGGAAGGCCUUACCUCAGAGGGUCUCUCUGAGGCCUUAAGACCCUGAGGCUCCAGCCUAAGAGCCCAAGUUCAUACUUGGGCCCACAGGGAAGAACACCCCUCCCAAGGCCUUUUACAUCUGGAUUUCAAUUCCCUGGAUCUGGGGCUGGGCAGGCACCGCAUGGACAGAGCCUGUGCUGCAGGGGAAGCCCAGAAGUAUCUCUCUGGCUGCCCAGGGUCACGGCACAGACAAUUGGAGGUGGGGCCGACUACGGGCCAGAAGUCGCCAAAAUCAUGUUCUAGAAUAAGAAAGAUCUCAAGCUACCAAACAGGUAGGAAAUAGGAUCAUCACAGAAGCUUCCACCUUCAUUGUGCACCUAAGAUGCCAACAUCGGCGUGCAGGGGUCCUGUGGCUGCCGAACAGACUGAGUGUAGAUGACCAGGGUCAGUCCUGCCAGCAGGAGAGGACAGGAAGCCAGCCUCCCAGAGCCACGGAUCAUGCCUCCAGGAAAACACAGAGGUCAAGGCCAGGCAAAGGAGCGUCUUAUUACAUCCCAACUGUAGCUUUGACCCCCAACUUGCCACAGGAAACUUGGGCAGCCAAAUUGGAGAGGCCCCUCCUUGCCUCCAGCUAGGACCUCGAGUCAAGGGAGGUCAAGGGGCAGCCGUCCCAUUAAGGUUGAACAUGGCAGCCCACUGACUCUGACCCCUCCGGGGUGAGGGAGGCCCGCCGAAGCGAUCGGAGUUUGAUCCAAUGUGGAAAGGAACACUGUCCCUGGGGAAGAGCAGCUCCCGGUGUGCGGCCUCUGGCCAUCCUCCCUCCCAGCUUGCUGGAUCAAUCCAGACAGAUUUGCCCCAUGACAGGCUUAUUUAUAAUGCCUCACCCGGUAGAAAUGGAGCCCAGAGAUGUCCUUGAUUCCACAGCCAUCUGUAUCAGCUGGCCACCCCCUGGGAGGAGAGCCAGGAGCUGGGGAGAGGAAAAGGAGCUGCACUCCCAGCACGGGGAGGGAAGGGGGGCCCGAUUUCCCAAACUUCAGUCACGAAUGUUAGGAUUUUUGCCUUAUCACUUUACCACCUGUACUAUUAUUUACUUCAUAUUUUUCCUUAAGAUGAUUUCCUAUUUGCUGAAUAAAUUUAUUUUAGAAGGAACAUU